AUGACCUCUCCAUCAGCUGUGCAAAUUAAGAAUUUGUUAGAUACCACCUCUCAGUGCUUAAAUAAUCUGAAAAAUCAAGAAAUACCUGUCGAGUACUGGGAUCAGAUAAUAAUUUACACACUUGUACAAAAGUUAGAUGUUGAUACGCACACAGCGUGGGAAGAAGAUUCUUACAAGGAAAACUCAGACAAACUAUCAACUUGGGAAGAACUUAAAACAUUCCUGGAAACAAAAUAUCGGACACUGGAGAUGGUUAACCCUACAACUAAAAAGGAGCAGACAACUAUUAAGGCGAAGUCAUUCCAUUCCACAUCACCGGAAGAGAAGACGGAUAAAUCACCAACAAAGUCAUGCAGUAUGUGUAACGCGGAGCACCCCUUGUUUCAUUGCAAAGAAUUUAGUAAGUUACAACCUCAGGAACGCAAUGAGUUUAUUAAGAAAAACAGGUUAUGCUUCAAUUGUUUGACAUCAGGACAUUCUGUGAAAAAAUGCCGGAAUCGAAUGUCCUGCCGAAGAUGCAACCGCCGCCAUCAUACAUUGCUACAUCAACCCAACAGCGGUCAGUCAGACAAUAUGAAAAUGAAUCAAUGUCAAAUAGAGGUCGUACCAAAGAAGAAGGCUGACAGUGACAAUCCUGAGGUAGCACUAACUACGCACUUUGUGUCAGAGAGAUCGACAGUGUUGCUUGCAACUGCAUUAGUGCAAGUGACCGGUGAAGACGGACACAAUACGGAGCUGCGAGCGCUAGUAGAUCAGGGCUCUCAAGCAAACUUUAUAAGUGAGCGAGCUGCACAGUUAUUAAAGGCUAAGAGAACUCGAAUAAAGGGAACUAUUACUGGCGUCGGAGCAGCGCAAACAACUGUCAAUCACGUCAUAAGGGUCGAGCUUUGUUCGACGUGUCAGAGUAACUUCCAGCUUAGCAUCAAUGCUUAUGUGAUGCCGACACGACUGACAUCACAUUUGCCAUCAGAAAGGUUUAAUGGUUCAACGAACACCUGGCCGCACUUAAAAGGACUCACCCUGGCAGACCCGAGUUUUAAUUCACCAGGGCGAGUAGACAUGCUGCUAGGCGUAGAGGUUUGUGCUCAGAUUUUAAAAGCUGAAAUAAUCAAAGGUCCACCUGGUUCUCCAUGUGCCCAAAAUACAAGCUUAGGUUGGAUCUUAUUUGGAAGAAUACAAGCACAAACAUCAGAAAACUCAAUACUAGUGAUGCAUCAUAAGCUUGAUAUCGAUGAACUGUUGAAAUCUAUGUGGGAGGUUGAAACAGAUACACAAGGAAGACUUAGCAAAGAAGAAGAAGACUGCGAGAGAAUUUAUGAAGAUACAUACACGCGAAAUAGUGAAGGGCGUUACAUAGUCAAACUGCCAUUUAAAACGAAUAACCCACAAGCACCACAUGGCAAUACAAAGGAAGGGGCUCUGAGUAGAUUAUGUCACUUGGAAAGACGUCUCAUGAAAAGUGAGGACCUGAAAAGGGAAUAUACUAAAGCAAUUAAUGAAUACAAAGAGAUGAAACACAUGGAAGAAGUGCCGAGUGCUGAAAGUAAUAAGCCAGCUGUAUAUCUACCUCACCAUGCAGUGGUGAAAAAAGAAAGCGAGACUACAAAG